GAGACAGAGGGACCUCAAAGCAUAACACAGAGAGACAGCGAGACAGAGGGUCAGAGAGAGGUGAGACAGAGAGACAACGAGACAAAAGACAGAGGAUCAGCAAGGUGUAAGACACAGGCAUAAUGAGAGGUGAGACAGUGGGAUAGCAAAACAUGAGACAGAGGCAUAGUGAGACAUGAGACAAAGUAACAGCAAGACAUAAAACAGAGAACAGCGUGACAGGAGGCAGAGGGAUAGCAAGCAAAAAGAUAGAGGGACAGUGAAAUGUGAGACAGAAGGACAUUAAGGCAUGAGACAGAAAGUCAUGAGACAGAGAGACAGCCAGAUGAGAGACAGAGGGAUAGCAGACAUGAGACAGAGGGAUAAGACAUGAUACAAGAUAGCCAGAUGGAGACAUUGAGACAUGAGACAGAGGGAUAGUAAAGAGUGAGACAGAGGGACAGCAUGCCAUGAGGCACAGAAACAGCAGGACAGCCAGAUAUAAGACACAGGAACAGCAGACAUGAGACUGAGGGAUAGAAAGAGAUGAGACAGGGAACAGGAGAUGUGAGAUAGAGGAACAGUGAGAUGUGAGAUAGAGGAACAGUGAGAUGUGAGACAGAGACACAGCAGAGAUGAGAUAGUAGGAUAGUCAUAUGUGAGACAGAGGAAGUGAGGCGUGAGACAGAGGGAUAACCAGAUGUGAUACAGAGUAACAGCAAUUCAUGAGACAGAGGGACAGCGUGACAUGAGACAGAGAGACAGCGAGACGUAAAACAGAGGUACAGUGAGAUGUAAAACAGAGGUACAAUGAGACUUGAGACAGAGGGACAGCCAGACAUGCGACAAGGGGACAGUGAGACAUAAGACAGAGGGACAGUGAGAUUUGUGACAGAGGGAAAGCCAGGGGUGAGACACAGGGACAAUGAGAUGAGAGACGGAAGGACAGUCAGAGGUGAGACAUUGGGACAAUGAUUUUGAGACAGAGGAAUAGCCAGAUGUGAGACAGAGGGACAUCAAACCAUGAGACAAAGUAAUAGCAAGACGUGAGACAGGGGGACAGAGAGAUAGUGAGACAUAAGACAGUGAGGCUUGAGACAAAGGGACGAGACGUGACAUGGAGCACAGUGAGACGGCAAGACAUAAGACAGGGGACAGUCAGACUUGAGACAGAGGGAUGAGACAUGAGGCAGGGGGACAGAGAGACUUGAGACAGAGGGAUGAGGCGUGACAGUGACUACUUGAGUCAGAGGGACGAGACGUGAGACAACAAGAUAUAAGACAAGGGGACAGUGAGACUUAAGUUCAAGUGGUUUUAGACAGAAGGACAAUGAUACAUGAUACAAUGAUACAGAGGAAUAGCAUGAAGAGCGAGAGCGCUAGUUAGCGUGCGUGCGUGUGGCGUCUGGCGUCUGGUGCAUCAACAACAAAAAAAAACCCCUCCUCCUCUAUUUUCCCAUCAGGCACCGGGGCUGUUCAUGCUAGUAGCUAUGCCUGUUUCUUUGAACUACCUCCGAUGUGAUUUGUAAACAGGCUGUGUUUCAGGUCCAACCAUGUCUGAGCUGUUUAUGGAAUGUGAGGAGGAGGAGUUGGAGCCAUGGCAGAGGGCAAUACCAGAAAUCAGUUUGAUUGAUGACGACGACGACGAUGAUGAUGAACCGAUAUUUGUAGGGGAAAUCUGCAGCUCCAAGCCAACUCCUAACACCAGAACAGGUGUUGGCCAUCAGCGUAACCAACAAAAUGUCACAUUCCAACGGGUCACUGCACUGACUUCACCCCAAAAGUCUGGUCAGCCUCAGAUAAACUCUGCCAAACAGUCUCCUCAAGUCACUGUCCGAGGUUCAUCACAGCCAGUCUUCAUCCCCGUCAGCUCCCAAUCAGCACCACUGCAGGCUGGACCCAGAUUACUAAACACCGUAUCCCCUCAGCCCAUCAUCAUCAAUAAUCAGGGUUAUAUAGUGGCGUCACCACAAAACCUCAAUAAUAAUAACUCAUCGUUUAUCACAACUCAGUAUCCACAAGGAACGUCGUUCACUAUUGUGCCAGCAGGUCAGCCGAUGGUGCAGCAGGUCACUGCACCGCCUAAACCUAUGCCAGGUGUCAUCCACCGGCCCCAAGUGCAGUUAAUCCAAAACAACGUGGUGACACUGUCUAACGUCCAGGGCCCUGCUGACAUUUCCACCCAGUCUCACUCCAGGGCCAGCCCACACUCUAUCCAGCACAGCCCUCAAAGCAAAUCAAGCUCAGUGAGCUCUUCCAAACUCCUCCCACCUACUCUACAAACUGUGAACAAUCGGGAUAAUGGAAAAAUGAAACGUAGCACGCUGCCUGAGUCGAACAACGGCCCUUCUAAAAGAACUAAAAUUGACAUGGAGAACGAGAGCCCCUUGCCUAGGAAGUGUCCCAAAUGUCACAUUCACUUUAACUUGAUGGACCCAUUAAAAACUCACAUGCAGAUCUGCUGCCCAAACUUAGUGGACACGAUCCUCCCUUCAACCUCAAAGACAGAUCGAGGUGCAAUGCCAGUGCGAUUGUAUGAAGCAGAGCGAGGGAAGCUCAUCAUGCUGGUGUCUGAGUUUUACUACGGGAAAUGCGAGGGUGAUCAGUCUGCCUCCCGCGAACAGAAGUCCAACACGACGUUCAAGUGCAACAGCUGUUUGAAAAUCCUCAAGAACAACAUUAGGUUCAUGAAUCACAUGAAGCAUCAUCUGGAGCUGGAGAAGCAGAAUAGCGAGAGUUGGGAGAGUCACACUACGUGUCAGCACUGUUACCGGCAGUAUUCCACUCCGUUCCAGCUGCAGUGCCACAUAGAAAGCGCCCACAGCCCCUACGAGUCCACCACUAAUUGUAAGAUUUGUGAAUUGGCCUUUGAGACAGAACAAGUGCUGUUGGAACACAUGAAGGACAAUCACAAACCAGGAGAGAUGCCGUAUGGCUGUCAGGUCUGCAACUACAGAUCGUCGUUCUUCUCAGAUGUAGAGAACCAUUUCCGCACCGUCCAUGAAAACACUAAAGACCUCCUCUGUCCAUUCUGCCUUAAAGUCCUGCGCAGUGCCCACAUGUACAUGCAGCAUUACAUGAAACACCAGAAAAAAGGAAUUCAGCGCUGUGGAAAGUGCAGAUUGAAUUUUCUCACCUACAAGGAGAAAGUGGAACACAAAGCGCUUCAUCAUCGGACUUAUAAAAAACCAAAAAGCCUUGAAGGACUUCCUCCAGGAACGAAGGUGACAAUUCGAGCUUCGCUCAGUGGAGGAUCUACGAUGUGUCCCUCUGCUCCUGGCAAGUCGUAUGUCAACCUCGUCCCCACGAGCCCCGAGACGGUUAAACCGACUGCUCACAAGUCCAACUCUAACAUAGGAAGGAUAAAGACAAACCAGGGCAAUAAGAACCGCACCUUACCCAACAAAGAGCUCCGAGGCUUGAAACUUAUACCAGGAGUGCACAAAUGCAUCGAGUGUCAAAAUGAAGUUACAGAACCCUACAUCCAUUACCCUAUAUCACUGAAAUGUUUUGUAUGCAAGUAUCGGACGAGCUGUCAGAAGGCUUUCAGAAGACAUCGGUUGAGGUUUCACAACAGCUCCUCAAAACUACGAUUGAGCAAGGUGAAUAGGCCUCUGCGUGGUGUACGGAGUCUGACUCUUGUUUGCUUGAACUGUGAGUUCCUGGCCGAUGCAUCCGAUGCGAACCGCAUGUGUGAGCACCUAAUCAGCAGACCCAACCAUAGCUGCCAGGUCAUUUUAGAGACAGAUGCAGAUUCGACAGCAGAGAGGUCGACUUUUUCUAACACUGAUAAGGUUGAGGCCCAAAGUCCAAAGGCAGAAGUGAGCGGUUCUGACAGUUCUGUUGAAACCAAAGUUUCCUCGUCACAAGAAUCCUCCAUGAAAUCAGGGCUGAAUGAAAUGGAAUCUCUGAGCAUUGCUAACGUAUGGAGCGAAGGACGUGUCACUGAGCCGGUUAAAAAUGAGGUUACGCCAGUGCAGACUGUUCACCGAGAAGCCGAAGACAAGGCGGGACCUGAAAGCGUGGAGCCUACAGCCGACCUACAGAACGGUUCAGUGAGGACAGAACCUGAGAACACUGAUGCUCCCAUCAACCCCUGCAGCCCAAUCGAAAACGGAGGCGGAGUGAGCGCAGACGACUUCCUGAAUAAAGGUGACAAAACCGAGUCUGUAAGUGUGCACUCCCUGCUGGAGCCUCUCACUCCGUCCAAGGUCCUCGAAGGCGACGAAGCCGAGAAUGGGCCAGAACCCAAGAAAGACCUUUCACCUAACUGUAAAAGAGACAUUGAGGAGGAGGAGCAGGAGGACGAGACCUCAGGCCUGAUAAGCACCUAGAAAACUUUAGCUUCAGAGUAGCAUAGGAUGAGAACACCUCCAUUUUUACUUUUACAUAUUUUUUAAUCUAGUUAUAAAACUUACUUAACGGUUGUUACAUAAUGUAGGACUUCCAGUGAUUUGGAGUGUUCAUCUAUUCGAACUGAAAAGGAAAAAAAAAUGCUGUUUGUAAUGAAACUUGAAUUGAUGAAGAUUUGAUUGUGUUACUGUGCUCCAGUACAAAGUAUUGCCUUCUAUAAAGAAUCAUUGUCCAUUUCAGAAACGAACUGAGAGACUGUGAAAUGACCUGUUACUAUAGGGAAGCAUUGCUUUUUUUUACUAAUGUAAUACCAUUGACUGACACACAAGGAACCUGAACCUUGGAUUCUAGUUAAGACUGUGUCUCAGUAUUCCACUACGGUGUACCCGACUGAUCAAACAACCCUUCUCAAAAAAAGAGCUUUAUUGUUUCCAGUGUAAAAUAUUCUUUUAUAUUCUUCUUUUAAAUAGGAAAAGGAGGUUGUAUCAGUAUCAGUUACACUGUUCUAGUUAUUCAUGCUGGACAAAGGCUCCGUGGGUUUUAGAGGUAAGGCUCCAUCAAAUGUCUUCACUCAAAAGAAAACAAAUAAAGAAGAACUUUUCUUUUAUUACACGCCUUGCAUUGCUGUGCUGCUUGGUGACUCGUUCGGUUUCUUCUCAGCAGUCCGCUUUUUUUUGUUGUUGUUGUUUUUUUAUAGCAGCAGUGAACUUGAUCUCACUCAGUUUCACCAUGAAGCUACACAUGAUCCAGAUGUUCUUUUAGUGAUUUGAGGAGGUCCAUGAGGGAAGUCAAACAAAUGGUUUAUUUGAACAUAAAGACACUUCAGGACGUGCACACUUCAAAAUGACAUGGUUUCAAUUUCAGUCGACUUUCACAGGUACUUUUUUUUUGUUGUUUUGUAUUUUUGUAAAACCGUUUCUAUAUUUCCUUUCAUUAUUAAAUAUUUGACAUAU